AUGAAAACUAUUCUAGCCUUUCUAUUCAUUGUCCCACUUGCUCUUCCAGCUAGAGCUGAGAAGGAUUAUUCCUCCUUUGAUUCUGCUGCAUCUCCCGAGACAAAAUCAAGAUUUGCCAUGCUAGAUGAUGUACGAAUCUUAGCCAAUGGACUCCUCCAGCUUGGACACGGUCUUAAAGACUUUGUCCAUAAGACAAAGGGGCAGAUGAAUGACAUCUUUCAAAAACUUUACAUUUUUGAUAGGUCCUUUUACGAGCUCUCACUGCAAACUAGUGAAAUCAAAGAAGAAGAAGAACAGCUCAGACAAACUACAGCCAGACUGCAAAUCAACAAUGAAGAGAUAAAGAAUCUCUCACAGGAGAUGAAUUUGAAGAUUGAAGACCUCAUACAAAACAAAAUCCAGCUGCAAGAGAAAGUAUGGGGACUGGAAGACAAAGUCACUAAACUGGCCAUUAUCCAGCCUUCAAUGCAAGAGACAAAAGAAAUUUCGUCACUCAAAGCUUUUGUGGAGCAGCAGGACAACCACAUCAAGCAACUUCUCAAAAUCGUGGAGGACCAGCACGUGCAACUCGACAGACAGCACAAUCAAAUAAUGGAGCUGGAGGACAAGGUACAGGAACCAUCUCUAUUUCUCUUUUCAGAAUUUGUCAUCUCUCAUAACACUGAAGCAGUCAAUGGCCCUUUCCUUCAGGUCAGCCAUCCUUCUUGUUCGCAGUUUGGGGGUGUAGAGGAGGGUGCUGCUCCUGACUGCACUGCUCUUUACAACAGUGGCAUGCGGUCCAGUGGUGUUUACACUAUUAAGCCCAAUGGCUCAGAAGCUUUUGAUGUCUACUGUGAAAUGAAAUUUGGCAGCUCCUGGACUGUAAUCCAGAACAGAGUGGAUGGAUCACUAGAUUUCAACCAAACCUGGGAUGCCUAUGCAAAUGGUUUUGGUGAACUCAAUGAAGAAUUCUGGCUAGGCCUGAAUAAGACCUAUUCCAUUACUAAACAAGGGGACUACAUCUUACGUAUUGAGCUGCAGGACUGGAGAGAUAACAAACGUUACAUCGAGUAUGCGUUCAGCUUGGGAGGCCCCAAAACAGACUACACUCUCCAGCUUUCACGGAUCUCCGGGAGCAUCCCCAAUGCACUACCGGAGCAGACAGAACUGCGGUUCUCAACUGCAGACCAUGAUGUGGACAUAAUAAAUGACUUCAACUGUCCAGAAAACUACCUAGGAGGCUGGUGGCACAGUGAAUGUGAGGAAACCAAUCUUAAUGGGAAAUAUAUCGCACCAAGGUCAAGAGGAAGACUAGACAGAAAAAAAGGCCUAUACUGGAAGCCUAAGAAAGGAAGAUACUACUUGCUCAAGUCAACCAAAAUAAUGAUACACCCAACAGAUUUAAGAAGUUUUGACUGA